AUGGGUUGUAGAGUAAAAUCACAGCAGAAGCAAAGUAAAUGUGAUGUGAACACAGACUUGAGUGACAAAAUAGGAGAAGCCUUCUGCACCCAGAAACGAUCAAGUACUAUCAGAAAAAGACAGUAUCAACGCAGGAUAUCUGGGAGAAUGAGAAUGUCUUUGCCUGGAGCUGAAAAGAUGAAAAUGUUGGCACCAGGAAAGCCUCUCUGGGGAGAGCGUUCCACAGAUGGAGCAGGGGGAAGGCUGCUGCUAAAGAGGUUUGUUCACUCAUCAUCCUCCAAACAUUUCCUGAAAGUGCCCCCCAGAGAAGGGUCUUCAGAUGAUGAUGAAGAAGAAGACUUGCUAGUUGCUUCUUACACAAAAACAGUCUCCAAGGGACUUACAACAUAUUAAUAAGCAUAAGCACAGGUAAAAGUAUUGUUAAGUGUUGGCUAUUUGCAGUUUAGUAGCGCAGCAGAGAGCUUGCUGGGGAGACCAUGCAUUAAAAAGGGACUCAAAAAUAACUUAAACAAGGUUUUAAUUACAAAAACAAAAACUCCUUUUACACUAAAUACAUCAACAAACAAACAUGACCCAACCACCAACCCAUCCCCCAGGGUAAUGGGAGAGCUAGGUGCUGCUCCUUAUAUACUACACCCAAAUGCUGACACAGCUUAAUCAAUACAACUCAGCAGCACCUGCUAUGUUUCACAGCUGUAAAGCUGGGUCUCGUUAUCUUGCUCUGGCCCUUGCUCUGGCCCCUUAAAGGCAUACACAUCGGGUGGAACAAUGAUGAACCUUUACAUUUAAAGAAACCAUUCAACAUGUUCACUCAUUAUCCUCCAAACAGCUCCUGAAAGUGCCCCCCAGAGAAGGGUCUUCAGAUGAUGAUGAAGAAGAAGACUUGCUAGUUGCUUCUUACACAAAAACGGUCUCCAAGGGACUUACAACAUAUUUAUAAGCAUAAGCACAGGUAAAAGUAUUGUUAAGAAGUUUGCAGGCAAGCCUUCAGUUUUCACAUGCAGCCCUGAAACAACCCCUUUAAAAGAAAUAUUUCCAUACUUGAGACCUGAACGCACUCCAGAAUCUGGCACCUGAGGGUUAACAAGGACAACAGAUAAAUCAAAAGUAAAAGUUACUGCACCAAAGAGGAAAUUAGCUUAUUCAGGAAAACACCACCAGUAAACAGCACACUAACAACAGACUAAGUUCAAAAGAGUUUAGAUUUAUCUGAAGGGGGAACUAGUACAGACUGUAAGUAGAGCCACUUGCCUUAGAAAAAGGUUUCUCAGGGGACAAUGGUAGUUUGAAUGGUAAAUUCUGAAUGCUUUGGGGGAGUUUUCAGGUAAGGGCCAGAAGAAUGCAGGUGGAUCAUUUUCAGGCGAUAGGUAAAGGUAAAGGUACCCCUGCCCGUACGGGCCAGUCGUGUCCGACUCUAGGGUUGUGCGCCCAUCUCACUUAAGAGGCCAAGGGCCAGCGCUGUCUGGAGACACUUCCGGGUCACGUGGCCAGCAUGACGAAGCUGCUCUGGCGAGCCAGCACCAGCGCAGCACACGGAAACGCUGUUUACCUUCCCGCUAUAAAGCGGUACCUAUUUAUCUACUUGCACUUAGUGCUUUCGAACUGCUAGGUGGGCAGGAGCUGGGACCGAAAGACGGGAGCUCACCCCGCCGCGGGGAUUCGAACCGCCGACCAUGCGAUUGGCAAGCUCUAGGUGCUGAGGUUUUACCCACAGUGCCACCCGCGUCCUUUUCAGGCGAUGGCUGAGUGUAAAAGUUUAUUUUUGUAAUGGGUGGCUACAGGUAGUGAUGAGAAAAUGAGAUUUUGGGCUGAAGCAGCCAGGGAAGAAUAAGAGAGCAUGCCAAAGGGAAGUUGAUCCAAGAUCCAGCUUGGAAUCAUAAGAUACGGGAUUUCCUCAUAUGAGCCUGCCUGGGUUCUGAGAUCGUCAGGAGAGGCCCUUCUCUCAGUCCUGCCACCCUCAUAGGUAUGCUUGGUGAGGACACAGGACAGGGCCUUCUUGGUGGUGGCUGCUCCCAGACUCUGGUACUCCCUCCCCAGAGAAGACAGACUGACACCCUCCUUAUUGUGCUUCCACCAGCAAAUGACAAUCUUCUUGAGGAAGGGAAAGGAGAAUGUUAGCUGCUUUGAGACUCCUGAAGGGGAGUGAAAGGCGGGAUAUCAAAUCCAAACUCUUCUUCUUCUUCUUGUUCCAACAGUCUUUUUUUGGGAACCGGCUGCUUUUAAUGAAAGGGCUGGUGCCCUGCUGGUUUUAUUGUAAUUAUUUGUAUACUUUAAACAGAUUUUUUAUCUGUAUAUGAUUUUAAUUCUACUAAUGUUUGUUUUUAAUUAUUAUUAUUUUCAUAGCUGUCAACGUCUCCCUUUUUUAAGGGAAAUUCCCUUAUUCCAAAUAGGAUUCCUCGCACCCUUUUCCCUGAGGGCGGAAAAUAAAUAAAUAAAUAAAUUUCGAGUUCUCGCUAAGGGUGUGCAUAGGAUUGCAGCCUCGUUGCUUAAGAGUUGCUGCGUCGCGCCUCCCUGCGCGAUUGUUCAGGCAUCCGGCUGGUCGCCAGUAGAACGAGGCGCUGGAGACGGACCUCUGUCGGUUUGAAUGAACAGAAGCAGUUCUGACGUUUCAUUCAUAAUACAUCCGGGUCCUUUUGUCGGUCGGCUUGGCGAAUGGGUGGUUAGGAACAAACACAGAGAUAUACAAGCGGGUGCCGACUGACAGAUAAUGCUGUAAUAUGGCGGGUUCUGUUUUGUUUUAAUAAAAAUAUCCUCUAGGGCGGAAGUUAGAGCUGUCCCCAGAAAUGACCGGGUGGAGGGGGGGAUCUUGGGUUUUAGCAUAGCUGUGCGAUUGGGGAGCAUAGACCCCCUCCCCCCCCCAAAAAAAACAGCUAACGCAGGAGUUCCUGUGCUUUCUAACGCUGCUCUUAUUUUGUGUGGGAAAUGUGUUUUUUGGAUUUUUUUCCAGUUUAUAAUUUUAAAAACAAAACAAAACACCACAACCUGCCUCGCCUGGGACGGAGCAGAAGGCUACUGUCUGCUGUUGUGCACUAUAAUCUUUUGCUGCAACCAGAUAUACGGUGCGCCUGUUUUUUUGUUUCUGUUUUCCUUUUUCUUCCCCGCUCGCCUCCUCAAUCAAACAGGGCUAAAAUCACUGAAUCUUCCUUUCCUUCCUUCCUCCUUUCCUUUUUCUACGCAGGCUUUUCCGCAAGGCGCGACCUCCCGUCUUCCAAAUCAUUAAGCCGCGUCGGGCGACUCUACACUUUUCACUAUCUCUACGCCUUCCCAACCUGCCCUCCCUGAACUCGGGAGGUGGGGGGGGGGAAGCGUCGCGUUUCCCUUCCGGGUGGCGCGCCGGAAGUGCUGGUCUCCGUUAGAAACGAGGCCUUGUGGAACUUCUUUAGAAACCAGGCCUUGAACCGACCCCAGGUAAGGGGGGAAAGGGAAGGUUUCGGGCGGGCCUCCGGCGUGGCGCCCGGAAUGAGCUUCGAGUGGCGUUGGCUCCGGAAGCGGAGCUGCUUCCGGGCCCUCGAGGGGAGCGCGGGAGGGAAGAGGAGCACCGCGCGGCACCCCGCUUCCGAGUCGCCCGCCGCACCAGCGGGGACAAACGCGGCCGGUUGGGCGCCCGGACGCCGCUUAUCUCGGCCCUCGCCUUGAACUCCUCUGCGGAGCUCCGUGGCGAGAGUCGCCCGCCCCACUAAGCGGGCAAAACCAGCUGGGCCCUGGCUCACUUCUGAGAGAUGCUCAGGAAGCAGACCUGCUUUCGAAACUGGGGUGGAUAAACUAGGCGCCAAAGAGCACCUUAGACCAGUGGUUUCUGUAAUAAACGAAAAGCUGCCCUUAUGGGGGACACAAGAGCCCUUUUAGAGUCCUUUGCAGGUUCUCCAUCUGUCGGAGAAAAUAACAGAGGCCAACCAGAGAAUAUUGAGAAGCAAAGCAUCUAGUAAACCUGAUUUUUAUUGAACUGUUGGAACAGGGUGCUACCCUCACACGCAGGAGGAGGAGGAGGACCCAGAACAAAAGUGUGUCCACCCAUAUAUAGACAUUUUAAAUUGCCUGCCUUGGAGUCCAAGACCACCCCCAGAAACAUCAUACUUACAUCACAGAAGGGGUGUAGCUCAAGAGAAAUCUGAGUACGUUGUUUACCUCCUGUCAUUGUUUAUCUCAUGUGUUACCUGUUAAUGCUUACUUGUUGGAUACCCUGGGGAGCCUGGCUAUUCUUCUGUAAUGAUAAAUACUUAGUUCUUGAGCCAGGUCACAGGCUCACCCUAUUCAUACACAGAUAAUACCCUUUAGAUAGGUUUUGUGAAUGAAAAGACAAUGGGGAAUCUUUUCCAUUUUCCUUUGACCUUGCAGAGAAAACAUUUGGUCAGUCUGGGAGCCAAAAUGGUUCCAGGGCUGUUUUCCUGUGCUGCUUCAGACAUGUGGUUUAUAUAUUUAUGUACAUGUUUGCUUGGUACAUUUAUGAAUAUUUAUUAUAUAUAUAUAAGACCUUAAUAUUUUUUAUUUCAUUCCCAACCUUUUCUUGGCAUUGCCUCGCCUAAGCAUCUCUCAAAUUCUGAUGCCUCCCCUGCUUGUGACAUAUAAUUCUUGUUUUUCAAAAAGUGAACUCAUAUUCACGUGGAAGAAGCUUAAAAGGAUAUUCACUGUUAAUAACACAUUCUCGAAUUGCCCCCCAUUAAAAACCAGAUUGCCCCUCUUAAAAAUCAAAUUGCCCCACAUUGGGAACCAUGGCCUUAAACCAAGGUUAUAGUUGCUAGAACGGAAUGUCUAGUUGCCAUUUGGGAACAAGGCUGAAGUCUUUAUUUUAUGUGAUAGUUCAGAGGACCACCUUGAGCUAGAUUGAGAGCUUUGAGAACUUAAAAGAAGAAAAGCUGCUCGAUCCAGGGACAGGCCACAUACUUAUUGGCUUAUACCAACCUCUCUCCUCCCCCCCCCCCUGGCAGUGGUAACUGCCCCUGCUCAGGCUGUGCAGAAAAAGGAAAAGCAUUUCGGUUCCAGAAGUUCAUUCCCGUAGUGCAGAUAAAAUAAGCAUUCCCCAGGACGGGGUACCAGUGUGUGGAAACAGUUCGGAUCCAAGGAUCCCCAGGCAUGCAGCUCCCGAUGGUGGAGAUGUUCAGGCGCCAUCCCGGGCAACUUCACUUGGUUGCUAGUGCUCAAAAGCCAGGUGCAAAAUGUGCCUGGCGCCGUGCUGAUUUCAAACAUUGCAAGCAGCCCUUCGCACUUUAUAACAGCCCUUUGCUGUUCUUUUCAGUCCGAGGUGGCUGUUCAAAGGAACUUGGGGGGGGGGGAGAGCAGGUUAUAGGUGCCUUUUCAGAGUGGCGUUGUAGUUAUUUAUACCCCAGUUUUAUAUGUAUUUAUACCCCACCUUUCCCCCCUGACCAGGAACUCAAGGGGGCUUACAGGAAAAAAAGCAAUCAUUAAAAAACAAUUAAACAGUAAUAGAAUUAAAACUAUAUAUAUACACACAGACAUAUAUACAGUAUGUGUGUGUGCGCGCAUGCACGCGCAUGCAGUUCAUUGCUGGGCACCCUUCUGUAGUCAGUCCUGUUUUUGCUCCCUUGGUUAUGGGGUGAGGUGAAUUGGGGGGGGGCAGUCAAGGAAAGCCCCCUCAUGUGGUCAGUGUUUCUGGGUCACCCAGUAUGGUUGGCAGGAGAAAGGAAUGAAAUCUCAUAGAAUUGUGGAGUUGGGAGGGUUCACAAGGGUCAUCUAGUCCAACCCCCUGCAAUGCAGGAAUCUUUUGUCCAAUGCUGGUCUUGAACCCAUGACCUUGAGAUUAAGUGUCUCAUGCUCUAGCUACUGAGCAUGCUGAUAUAACCAAAGCAUAGGGGCUUUUUGUUUUGCAUGAUUCUUGGAUUACUCCUGUUAUUGGCUCUGCUCUGCCCUUGAGUCACCAUACGCAGUCAGGUUCCUUCAUGCUGGCCACCACGUAUUCUUCCCUCCUAGUCAGUGGAACUGCCAGUCAUUGGCUCUGCUCCCUUGGCUGCAGUUUUCUGAACCUGGGCAACCCUAAUCCUCCAAAGUGAUCACUGAUCUUGUUGGUGCAACAGCUUUCUGAAUAUUUUAAUCACUACUUAAUCUUCUACAACCGCUUUCACCUUCCUCAACCUGCUGCCCUCCAGAGGUUGUUGGUCUGUAGCUCCCGUCAGUCCCGGCUAGACUGACUGAUGAUUGGGGGUGGUGGAUGUUGCAGUUGAAGCAUCUGGAGGGCACCACGUUGGGGAAUGACAUGAAAAGGACUUUUGCUGAAGCUUCUUCUCCUGCCUCCACCCCCCUUCACAUUUGUUUCUCCUUGCUUUGCAUGCUGUAGGCAAAAAUGGGCCGUAGGAAGUCAAAGCGGAAGCCUCCACCCAAGAAGAAGAUGACUGGGACACUUGAGACCCAAUUUACUUGCCCCUUCUGUAACCAUGAGAAAUCGUGUGAUGUUAAAAUGUAAGUUAUGUAAAAAAAGAAGAGUGUGGAUUAAUGUUGUGUGGCAAACUGAAGCUUAAUAGGGUGCAGACAUGUGCAUCCUGGCCCUCACAAGGGAAGGUUCAGAAAAUAGACAUGCAGGAGGACAUUUCUUUUUAGCUGGGAACGGAGACAUUAUUAGAACUGGAAAGGGAAUAAAGGAAAAAUAGCUGGUAGGCCAGCACUUUGCUGGUAGUUCAAUCUGCUCAUCUUCCAUGUAUUACAUUGUACACAGUGUCACAAACAAUGCCUCCAGAGCCAAAAUACAACAAGAAGACUCAGGCUCCUUUGCCACCCCUCCCCUCUAUUCAAGGGUGUAUGAAGAAAGUGUUUGUGGCAGAAUUCAAAGGUGUUAAGAGAGAGUGACAAAAACUAAAGGAUUUUUUAAAAGAAACCUAACACAACAAGACCGACGCAUACAGAAGAACAAGUAAUUGAUAUAUUUCAAGGAGUUGGAGAAUUCUCAAGUGCACAUAAAAAAUAUCCAUUAUUCCUUGGUUGUAUCUGUAUCCUUUAUUUCCAUGAAGAGGUGAUCAAGGCACCUAACUAAUAAGUACAAUAACAAAGGAAAAGGAAAAAACAAAAAGCAGUUAAAAAAAACCCAGAGGUGAGGCUAACUGGGCCUCCUAUUAGCAAGGAGUUCAAAAUUGUGGGAGCAGCUACCAAGAAAGUCCUUUCUCAAGUUUCAGAUAUUGGCUGAACAAGGCCUUCAGAUGUUGGUGGGCAAAAAAAUGAUUAAAUAAAAAGAGAAAUGUAUGAAGAGUGCAUUAUUUUAUUCCCCACUAAGCAUAUCAAAUUUUAAGUGCAGAGGCCAACAUUUCUUCAUUUCGAAGUACCUCUUCCAAAUUCGUCCUUGUUUGCUUUCCUUCAUUGUUGGCAUUGAAAUGAUUUUAGUACUAAUGCAGGGUGGUGAAAAUGGAAUAUUUAUGCCUCUUGUGCUGGCCUUGAUUUGGCCUUAUGUUUUCCCAAGUCCCCAAGCAGAAUUGAACUCUCCACACAUUAGCUGAUGCAAAGGGAGCUCACUCCUGCUUUCCGCAGGCAUUGGCUGUGUGUCCUACUUCCCCAGGCAAAGCAGGAUUGGAAAGCCCUUUCCAUCAGAAUGAUUCACAAGUGGGCAUGGUUUGGGUAACAUGGUUUGUGAGCCAGAUUGGAGACCUGUGUGGCAUAAAAUUGGCUCUUGGGCCAGAGGUUCCCCAUCCAUUCUGUAGGGAAAGAUUUGUGACGGGUACUUCUUAUUUUGCUAUGCCUUUAACUGAGAUGGCUGUAGGAAUGUUUGUGCCUACUGUUCACUGCAUGUUAAACAAUAUUCCAUACCCAAAGUCAUAUGAAUGUACCAUCUUUUUCCUCUUUUCUGGCAUACACUUUCUCACAUACGGGUAUUUUUCAGCUAUAAUAUGUUUUUUUGUGUUUCAGGGACAGGGCUCGAAAUACGGGUGUGAUAUCCUGUACUGUGUGUCUGGAAGAAUUUCAGACUCCUAUAACAUGUAUCCUUUGAACUUCAAUUCAGUUUUAUAAUAUUUUAUUCUCUUCCCCCAUGUAGACUUGGCUCCUUUUUUUUCAUGUCAGUAAUUCGUAACCUAGGGUGUAAUGCUUUCUGCUUGGUUUUGGCCUUGACAUGUUUUAUCUUACCCUGCAUAAAGACCUGGAAAUAGAGAGUUAGCAUCAAAAUUGAUCAGACAUAGCCUUGCCAAAGUGGUUAAUCAACUGAAAUACCCCACCACCACAGAUACUUAAAAUCAGCUAGAGUUCCACUCUUGUACCAGCUUAACUAUGGUUCAUAGAAGAAAUCACUUGCAAGAUUUAGCAGUGUUUUUGAAAAAUAUACACAUCCAAAACCAAUAGUAUUUUUUUAAUGUGGGGGGCACUCAUGGUAGAUUCUUCCUUGACAUUUCACCCUAAAGAUCUUUCAGAACCAGUGGAUGUUUACAGUGACUGGAUAGAUGCUUGUGAGGCAGCCAAUCAAUAG